AAAGCCAAAGGAGGUAACAUUGCCACACAUCCGUCAACACUUGCCCUAAAUGCCCGUUCCCGCUCGGGUACUAGUUUGAAACUGAUCCCAAGUGUAGCUUACAUCUCGCGAGGUGUGGACAUAAAUAACCUUAGGGCAGCGAUGGCCACUUUGCGCAGACUUAUUCCCGCACUCAAGAACUGCGCGACAAAUAUUUCCCAUCCGUUUCAAAGAUGGAAAAGGACACAAACAGGUGUAUUUGGAACAGGAUUAUGCUUUUGUCUUGGGGGCGCUGUCGCGUACUACUGCUACGACCGCACUGGAGAGUUCAGGAAACUCGGUAGUGUCCAGAGUUUUGCUCCCUUGCUGCAAACAGUAGCUGCCAAAGAAAAGGCCAAGAGGGUGGUGGUGGGUGAGGAUGAGGAGGAAGAGGAGCACCGCUCGGCUCAUAUGGAGCGAUUCCGCCUCUUCAGCUCCGUGGAGUGUGACGGACAGCAUUACAUGACCCCCCUCAACUUCCUGGAGUCGGUCACCACUGGACUGCCCAAGAAAAGACAAUGCAAGUCCAUCUCCAAACAGGAUUUGGAGAGGAUGCUGUCAGACACGCCGCCGGUUGGAAAGGGAACCUCCACAUUUUUCAGGAACCUUCAUGACAAAGGGAUCAUCAGUUACACAGAGUAUCUCUUUCUGCUGUGCAUCUUAACAAAACCUCACGCAGGCAUCCGAAUCGCAUUCAAUAUGUUUGAUGUUGAUGGCAACGCGGUUGUGGAUAAAAGGGAGUUUUUGGUGCUGGAAGAUAUCUUCCAGAGGAAAGCUGACAAAAGGGAGAGAAGAGAGGAAUCCGAAGGUGUUGCCCAACAGGACGGCAAAGGAGCGCUGAACUUCGAGCACUUCUACAGCUUCAUGGACAACCUUCAGGCGGAGGUGUUGGAGAUUGAGUUCCUGAGCCACUCCAAGGGCUUGCCCACCAUCAGCGUGCAGGACUUUGCCCAGGUGCUCCUGCGCUACACCAACGUGGACGACGUCAGCAGUUACGUGGACAACGUGCGGAAGAACUUCACAGACGACAAGGGAAUCACUUUUGAGGAGUUCAGGACGUUCUUCCAGUUCCUCAACAACCUUGAGGAUUUUGCCAUAGCAAUGCAGAUGUACAUCUUUGCCAACCGCUCUGUAGGUCAAGAUGAAUUUUCGAGAGCUGUCUACGUGGCUACGGGCCUCAAGCUCACCAAGCAUCUGGUCAACACAGUGUUUAAGAUCUUCGAUGUGGACCACGACGAACGGCUGAGUCACAAGGAGUUUAUCGGCAUCAUGAAGGACAGACGACACAGAGGCUCAUGGGGCCACAGACUUGACGGUAGACAUACCUCAUUCAAGUCCUGCUUAAGGAAGGAGCUCUCCAGCAAAUAGCUGGAAGGGGUCCAGCGUUUGUUGGGGAUAGAGGAAGACGUUGGAGGAAGAGGAGGAUCUGAGGAAGAACCUGCUGAAGACUGUGACAAACUAGCCUGGGAUUCGCGAAUGCAAGUCUCUUCGAGAAUAUAGUCUGGCCAGGCAAACCAUCUACGAUAUUUCUCCACAGGAGAUAUCAGGGGUGUGUCUAGCUCAAAUUUAUACAACUCCUCCAAAUGCCACUAGUUGAAGAGCUUCAAUCGAUUAGAGUUUGACCACUCAUCACAUCAUUCACGGGUGUAUCAUUGCCAUAGACACUCCCCAUUGAGCCAUUUUAAAUGCUCAACAUUUAUUGGUUCCCAUUUUCAGGGGAAUUUGAUAUGUUGUAAAUGGUUUGCUUGGCCAGACUAGCCGUAUAGACACUUGUAGCCGCAAAACCCAGGCUGAUGACAAAC